AUGAGACAAGCCACGUGCACUGACAUGAGACAAACCACGUGCACUGACAGGAGGCAAGCCACGUGCAUUGACAGGAGGCAAGCCAGGUGCAUUGACAUUAGACAAACCACGUGCACUAACAGGAGGCAAGCCAGGUGCAUUGACAUUAGACAAACCACGUGCACUGACAGGAGGCAAGCCAGGUGCAUUGACAUUAGACAAACCACGUGCACUGACAGGAGGCAAGCCAGGUGCAUUGACAUUAGACAAACCACGUGCACUGACAGGAGGCAAGCCAGGUGCAUUGACAUUAGACAAACCACGUGCACUGACAUUAGACAAACCACGUGCACUGACAGGAGGCAAGCCAUGUGCAUUGACAGGAGGCAAGCCACGUGCUCUGACAGGAGACAAACCACGUGCACUGACAUGAGACAAGCCACGUGCAUUGACAGGAGGCAAACAACGUGCAUUGCCAUUGACAGGAGGCAAGCCACGUGCACUGACAGGAGGCAAACCACGUGCUCUGACAGGAGGCAAGCCAUGUGCAUUGACAGGAGGCAAGCCAUGUGCAUUGACAGGAGGCAAGCCAUGUGCAUUGACAGGAGGCAAGCCACGUGCAUUGACAGGAGGCAAGCCACGUGCACUGACAGGAGGCAAGCCAUGUGCAUUGACAGGAGACAAACCACGUGCUCUGACAGGAGGCAAGCCAUGUGCAUUGACAGGAGGCAAGCCAUGUGCAUUGACAGGAGACAAACCACGUGA